GAAGGGUUAACUGCACAUUUGCACAGCAGCGGUUUCUCUCUCUCAAAAAAAAGGUUACACAGCGGAGGUUAUCGGCGUCAACCGGCGGCGGCCGCCGGGCAUCAGCAUGGACGAGAAGACGCAGAAGAAAGUGGAGGCGGCGGUCCUGGAGAUUCUCCGCGGCUCCGAUAUGGCGUCCCUCACGGAGUACAAGGUCCGGAGCGCCGCCGCCGACCGCCUCGGCAUCGACCUCUCCCUCCCCGACCGGAAGCUCUUCGUGCGACGCCUGGUGGAGGACUACCUCCAGUCCCUCGCCGAUGAAGACGAGAAAAAGCAGCAGGGCGGCUCCGGCGAGGAGGGGGAUCCCAAGAAAGAGCACCGCCAGGAGGAAGAGCAGAAAGAGGAGAAGGGACAGGAAAAGGUCGAGGAAGAUGAAGAGGAAGAGGAGGAGGAGAAGAAAGUAGUUGUAGGGAAGGAGUUGGACGACAACGGAGACCUCAUCCUCUGCCGCCUGUCGUCCAACAGGAGGGUGACGCUCUCAGAUUUCAAGGGCAUGACGCUGGUGUCCAUCCGCGAGUACUACCUGAAGGACGGCAAGGAGAUGCCCUCCUCCAAAGGGAUAAGUAUGACGGUUGAGCAGUGGGAAGCAUUUCAUAAUUCUGUACCUGCAAUAGAAGAUGCCAUUAAAGACCUUGGAGGAUCAGACUGAGAGCACCAAAUCUCUGAAGCUUCUCCUUUAGUCAGGAUGUCCAUGGGUGUUGGGUGCUAGUGAUCCAUGGAGCUACUAGAGUUCCUGUGGACAUCUUCGAAGCUUGUCUCCCUUAGUUAAGGUUCCUACUGAUGCGUGCUGAGUAGUCAGUUUGGGUGUGUCUGUUAACGUUAUCCGCCCGUAUGAUGGACCGAAGUUUCGUUAAGCUACCAUGUGACCCGUGUUUGAUUAA